AGGCAGCCCAGCUCCACCUUCUCAAGAGCAACUUGGCAUGAGUGAAAAGUGCUGGCCUAGCUAGCAAUGCCAGAAUCCCAAGAAUGACUGAAUCAAAUAAACUUUCUGAGCUCCCGACGGUGGAAGCCACUGAUACAGAUGAAGGAGUUAAUGGGAAGGUUUUGUACAGAAUUCUCUCAGGAAAUCCCAACGAUAACUUUCAGAUUGACCCUGACACUGGGCUCAUCUCCAGGGGCUCCCGCCCUUUGGACAGAGAGAGCAGCACUACCCAUGUGUUGCAAGUGGAGGCCUACAACAAUGACUUUGGCAGGAUGAGGAGCACUGUCAGAGUGAUCAUAUAUGUGGAGGAUGUGAAUGAUGAAAAGCCAGUAUUUACCCAGCAACAGUAUAACCGACUAGGGCUGAGGGAAACCGCAGGGAUUGGCACAUCAGUCAUUGUCGUCCGAGCAACCGACAGGGACACUGGAGAUGGAGGCAUUGUCACCUACACAAUCCUGUCUGGCUCAGAGAAGAAGUUUGCCAUUGAUGAGAGUACAGGCCUCAUCACCACAGGGAACUACCUUGAUUAUGAAACCAGGACCAGCUACCUCAUGAAUAUCUCUGCCAUGGAUCAAGCUGCACCGUACAACAGAGGUUACUGCACUGUCUACAUCACCUUGCUCAAUGAGUUGGAUGAGCCUGUGCAGUUUACAAAUGCAUCAUAUGAAGCUACACUAAUGGAAAACAUCCCAACUGGGACUGAAGUGGUCCAGAUCCAAGCUCAGUCUGCUGACAACAUGAAUCUGAUCACCUAUAGGUUCGACCCUGACACCUCUGCCCGCACUUUGUCCUUGUUCCAAAUAAACAGAGUUACUGGAGUGAUAACUGUCCGGGGUCAGAUCGAUCGGGAGAAGGGAGAUUAUUACCUGAUCACAGUCAUUGCAGACGAUGGGGGACCCAAAAAAGACUCCACUGUGGUGAUUAUUACUAUUGAAGAUGAAAACGACAACAGCCCAGUGUUCGAUGCCACUUCCGAUUCUUCUGUGGACAUUCCAGAGGAUGUUGCUAUUGGGAGGCGUGUGGCUGUUGUCUUUGCUCAUGAUCUGGAUGCGGGGAAGAAUGGAAUGGUUAACUUCACCAUUCUGUCUGGAAAUAUGAACAAAACAUUCAAGAUUAGCACAGCUGACAGUAACUGUGGAGAGAUCUACCUUGCUCAGCAUUUGGAUAGAGAACAGACUGAUCGAUACACUUUGACGAUUCAGGCCCUGGACAAUGGAUUACGUCCUCGGAGAACGAAUCACAUUCUAACCAUCACAGCCGUUGAUGUCAAUGACAAUGCCCCAGUUAUCGCAAACGCUGGCAGAUACAACAUCAGCAUUUAUGAGAAUGUCGGUGGAGGUACUGCAGUGACCAGAGUGAGAGCCACAGACGCGGACACUGGCCUUAAUGCCGUGCUCUAUUACUACAUUACUCGUGGAAACGAAGAUCUCACUUUCAGAAUCGACAGGCUGACGGGAGAGAUUGUCACGCGGCCGUCUCCUCCAGAUCGGGAGAGACAGGAUUUCUACCAGCUAACAGUGACAGUGGAAGACGAUGGGACACCUUCACUCUCGGUUAACUCUUUGGAGAAAGAGGAAGAUUCUUCAUAAAGAGCUGAAUUUUUGCAUUGAAGCAUCAAACAGGAAGUCCUUCACCAAUCCCCGAGGUUGUGGGGGAUGGAGGUUGCAAACAAUCACUGGCCUGGGAUUUUGUCCAGGGUACCGCCUUGUGUGAGGUUCCCUGCCCAAUUACAGGUGACAAGUGGGCUGUCAAGGUCCAAAACCCUCGACAGGAAGAGCAGGCGACAGGGAACGUGAGUGAGCCUCUGCCUCAGCUUGAAGAUACCCUUGGAAAAGUUUUUGUGUGUGUGUGUGUGUGUGUGUGUGUGUGUGUAAUCCUGUACCCAAGCAGUGGGAGGUGGGGAGGGGAGGGGAGGACGAGGUUUUAGGUCUGUCUGAACCACUGACAACCCGGCCUGCAGUUUAAUGGUGGCCAAUUGUCAAACAUAUUUCGAAUAGUGUAGCUACUAGCUACAAUUGGGCAGCACCUUCUCAACAAUCUUGAGCUCAUUAAUAGCCACACUAACAACCAACAAAGACUUUCAGUUGAGUUCAUAACAUGGAUCAUGUACUCUUCCAGAAAACUUCAUACAUUUUUAAACAGAGAUCCAUUCUCUGCAAACAAAGGGAACGUGUGAAAGAUUUGCAUCUUUGAUGGACUGCUUCAGAGCUUGGGAAGUCGAUAGUUUCUCAUUGCUUUUGCCACGGCAAUGUAUCAGCCAAUCAAAUGUUGACUUGCUAAGUAAUGCCAACCCUUGCCUCCAGCAGUGAUUCUUUAAAAUGUGGCAUCCUUGCAUUUGCCCUGAUGAGUCCAACUCAUCCAGCAAUGUGUCUCUCUUUUCAGCAAGAUUCCAAACUGAAAAUAGCAUAACUGCAGUGGUCACCCCUUUCAAUGCAUGAAAAAUAGUCAAGUCUUUCACUGAACUUUGUCAAAGAUCAGGGCUCAUGAUGAUGUUGUAAUAUGGUUAGUACAGUAAAAAGGUUUUUUUUUUACUGUGGGAUUUGGAGCAGAAAUGUUGAAAAAUGUCAAGAAUGUCAGUGCUGAAGAUAAUUUGUACUUUAAGCUUUCAGAGCAGGAAGUGGCUUUCUGUGGCAUCAUGAGUCUGUGAGAUAGCUUUUAACCCAUGAAGUGGUUUUAAUCAUAGCAUGGAAUAUCUGUGUUUCCUGCUGAUUUGUGAUUUUUUUUUUAAAUUGAAAAUAUUUUUCUCUGUAUCGCUGCAGAAUUGUCAGCCUGUUUGUUGCAACGACCUCUGUUCCAAAAUAAACAUUGCAAGUGUGUGUUGAUUAUUUUCUAUGUA